AUGGCAUAUCCAAUAACAGACUUAAGACAAGCCGGUGAAGAUUGGUUCCCAGAGUCUAUUCACCACUAUAGUCAGAAAUACUCUGUAUCUUCAGAACUCAAUCAGCCUUUUGAUCUUUUGCUUGAAGGGAUCGAAUUAUCAAGCUCAGGGCAUGUCAACGAACUACUCGACAGCAAUCUGGCCUGGUCUGAAGAAGGGAUUUUUGCCCUAAAUUCGGAGCCAGCAAGCAAUUACAAUUUCCUUUCAACUCAGCUUGCGGCACCAAAUAUGCCGUGGACGUUGGGGCUAUAUGGAGAGUCCCAAAUCGGCUGGAACUCAGUUCCGUUUGAGAACUUAACGACCUUCGAUGUGCCAACGCUCCUAACGCAUCGAGAAACUGCCACGGCGGCAGGAUUACCCUCUUAUGAGCCGAUUCUGGCGCCUAUGGCACCUCGAAGCACCGCUCAAAACUUUGGAAUAGAAGAUGGGAGCCAUAUUUUGAACGGGAUGUUGCACGAUCCCUCCCACGACACCAACAUCAAACCUCUCAACCCCAGUGCAACACAGGCGAAGGGUGUUGAAGUGCUAUUUCAACUUCCACCACUGAAAGAUCUACUUAAAAUUCCGACAGCCCCAGUUGAUACUAGUGUCAGCUUAGACUCAAGAGUGGCGCCUGCUGUAAACGAUAUAAUGUCACUGCAAUCUGUUUUUGAGCCGAAAGACCGCCGUUCAUAUGUCCACCAUGUACACAAUGGUGCUGCGGUGAGAUCCCAGUUGUCAACUCCUGUAGAGGCCAGUACGCUUGACGGCCUGGAAGAUUCUGAUUCGAAGACUACGCCCGACCCUGAGAUCGGCAAGCUCCAGUCACAAAUAGAGUGUGUCGGUACUCCGAUACUAAAUAGCAAAAAGCAAACCGAUUUAUCGAAGGAAAUCGAAGCUGAAAUUGUACCUUAUGAAGAGAAACCUGCGACAAGUGAAUUGGAAUUUGCAACAACGGGUAGCGACGGUGAAGGGGAUACGCCAGACACCACUAAAGUUACCAGCACUGAAAGGGAGAUGGCGCCUGCACCCCAGAUUUCUACCGGAUUUGUAGACUUAACUGAUACUAAGUCGGAAAUCGGCGUUCCUGAUGGCAUGGAAGAGGAAACAAGCAGUCGAUACCGUACCUCUGAUAAGGUGGUAGAUCCGACCAAGGUCAAGAUGAACAAAAGGAAACGAAACACUGAGACCAAUCUAGUCUCGGGUUCUAGAGCUGUUAACUCGCCUCGGGGAACGAGACCUCUCAAAAGAAGGAAGAAAGCAGAUUCGACGCAGGACCUCUACCACAUACCUCUGGCGGAAAUGGAAUGUGUUGUUAUGCAGUUUCCAGAAGGACCCGCGUACAUGAAGCGCAUUCGAUUAGCUGAUGGAUCUGUAUCAGUGGAAAUGGCGAGUGGGAAGGAGAUAGAAGCUUUCACCAAAGGCACAUCCAUACCCUUAGCCACGAUUCAAUGUGGGAAAAUUUCAAAUCACACUCAGGGCGAAAGCGAUCUCAAGCACAGCUGCUUAUUGACAUACACUUGGCGGUGGCAAAAUGGAAACGAAAUAGAGAUAGGAGAGAAUGAAUUAGAUGUCGAGCUACUCAAAAAGUAUUGGAAGAAGAAGGGGUCAAACGACAUGCGCUUUUACUAUUGUUUCGCGUCAAAUCCAUGCCAAGUUUGCGAUCCAAUCUUGGAGGAACUGAGAUAG